AUGCACCACGUGAAGAUCAAGACUGAAAGAACAGAUUUAGAAGGCACUGGUGCCCGCAGCAGAUUAGAUGCAGUGCUGAAAGGACUUGUAGAGAAGAGUGAAACUGAAAGGGAGACAAAUGAGUGCGAUCCAGGGAAAAUAUCAACUGACUCCCUGAACAAGGAUUUGUCUCCAUCUUCAGCUGGAAAAAGGCAAGUCUCUGUACCCUCAACUCGAUUUCCGCAGCACCGGCGGAAGAAACGAAAAGAAUUGGAUGAGGGCAUACCAGAGGCUAAUCAGCAUAAACAAAACGCUUACAUUAUUAAGUUAUUCGACCGUAGUGUCGAUUUAGCUCAGUUCAACACCAGCACACCUCUGUAUCCAAUCUGCCGAGCAUGGAUGAGAAACAAUCCUUCUGUUCGAGAGCCAGCUGCUUCCCCCUGCUCUCCACACAGCAUGACAGAGGAGGAGGUUUCAGACAUGAUGAACGGUAAAGGUCAGAACGUGUACAGGCUUCCUCCUCCAACCUCCUGUCCACUGAGCCCUUGUGGUGAACCUGUCAAUCUGAGAAUCCCACACACUGAAAAACCCAUCGUUACCAAGUUAACAGAUGUGGCUGUAUCAGGAUCUCUCAUAAGUGACCACAUGGAACGGUGGAAAAAGAUAAGGCAAAAAUGGAAGGAGUGCUCUAACAAGAACCAACUAAGAUACAGCGAGAGCAUCAAGAUCCUGAAGGAAAUGAAGGACCUUUAUGAUCAUUAA